CAAAAACUAAAGUUUUGGUUGGUGGGGUUUUUUUUUUUUUUUUCUUCUUUUUCAAAAAUGUUUUGUUUUUUUUGUUUUUGUGGGUGGUAAAAACUACAGAGUGAUGAGAGUUUGCAUGAAAAUGUGAACUAGUUCUACACUAGCUCUUAGUAGUGGAUCCACUUUAAACACAAACAAGCUUCAUCACUUGACUAACCCAAAACCAAAACCAAAAAACCAAAAAAAAAAUCAAAAUCUUCUUCCUUCUUCUGAUUUUCAAAAACAAAAAGAAAAAAAAAAUGGGGUGUUGUUACUCAAGAGUGGAGAGAGAAGAAACGGUUUCGAGAUGUAAAUCAAGAAGAAGGUACAUGAAGCAGUUGGUGAAGGCACGGCAUGCCGUUUCGGCUUCUCACACCAUGUACCUCCGCUCCCUACGCUCCACCGGCGCCGCCCUCCUCCACUUAGCCAAUGCCGAGUCCCACCACCAUUUAACCAACCACCACCCGCCACGUGUCCACCACCUCUCUCCUCCUCCUCCUCCGCCGCCGCCGAUGAGCCCCGCUGCCACCGCCACCACAGACACAUGGACGACCUCCAUCACAGCCUCCCUCCUCCCUCCUCCUCCGCCGCCGAUGAGCCCCGCUGCCACCACCACCACCGACACAUGGACGACCUCCAUCACAGCCUCCCCCCUCCAUCCUCCUCCUCCUCCGCCGCCGCCGCCGGCGUCGUCGCCGUGGGACUUCUGGGACCCGUUCACCGCCGCCACGUCCAGGUCGGCCACGGAGGACGACUGGGCGGAUGAGGAUUUCGGCGGCGGAGGCGGCAACAACGCGAACGCGCCGGUGAAUGUGGCUAGUGGAGGACACGCGCCGCCGUCGCCGCCGCAUUCGGUGGCGGGGUCGAGUGAGCUGGCGGUGGUGGUGCGUGGGAAUAGUACGAAGGAUGUUGUGGAGAUAAUGAAGGAGCUUGAUGAGUACUUGCUUAAGGCUGCUGAGGCUGGUUCUCAGCUCUCUUUGCUCUUGGAAGUUCCAUCUUCUGGUUUUUCUUCUGCUUCUCAUCAUACUACGAAAGGAGGUAAGGUGUAUAGCUAUGGAUGGGGUUUGAGUCCAUCUUCAUGGACAUGGGGUUCUUCAGGUUCAAGUCCCAAAAUGAGUGGAUUUGGGAAAACUUGUGGUGGUGAUGUUGGGAAAGUUGUCAAUGGAACUAGUCAUUGUUCGACCGUUGAGAGGCUUUAUGCUUGGGAAAAGAAACUAUUCGAGGAGGUCAAGACUGCUGAGACCGUAAAGAUAGAGCAUGAAAAGAAAGUGGCAACUUUGAAGAAGCUAGAGAUGAAGAGAGCGGAUUACAUGAAGACUGAGAAGGCUAAGAAAGAAGUGGAAAAGUUGGAGUCAGAAAUGAUGGUUGCUUCCCAAGCCAUUGAGACAACUUCUGCUGAAAUCAUCAAAUUGAGGGAGACUGAGCUCUAUCCACAACUACUUGAGCUUGUCAAAGGAUUGAUGUGCAUGUGGAGAAGCAUGUAUGAGUGCCACCAGGUCCAAAAGCAUAUUGUUCAGCAGCUCAAGUACCUCAAUGUCAUCCCGUCCACCGAACCCACUUCUGAGAUUCAUAGGCAAACGACUCUUCAGCUCGAGCUGGAAGUCCAGCAAUGGCAUCUGUCCUUUUGCAACAUGGUUAAAGCUCAACAAGACUAUAUCCAGUCUCUUACGGGCUGGCUCCGACUUAGCCUCUUCCAGUUUAACAGAAACCCGCUGGCAAGAACUAGUCAAGAAUCGAAAAUCUACUCACUCUGCGAGGAAUGGCACCUUGCGGUUGAUCGAAUUCCUGACAAAGUAGCAUCUGAAGGAAUCAAGAGCUUCUUAACGGUAAUCCAUGCCAUUGUUGUCCAACAAGCCGAGGAGCAAAAACAAAAGAAGAAAUCAGAGUCCGUGUUUAAAGAUCUCGAGAAGAAGAUGUUGGAGCUUAGAUCGUUGGAGAGCAAAUAUGGUCCGUAUUCCAUGUCUGAGUCCUCUGGCAUUACUGGAAGGAAUCCAGUUGCAGAGAAACGAGCAAAAGUGGAGAUGUUGAAGGCCAAGGCGGAGGAGGAGAAGACGAAGCACGAAAAGUCAGUGAGCGUGACGAGGGCCAUGACAUUAAACAACCUGCAGAUGGGAUUGCCUCAUGUGUUUGAGGGGAUGGUAGGAUUUUCGAGUGUGUGCAUGCAUGCAUUCGAGUCGGUAUAUAACCACACCAAGAGUGCUGAUCAGGAGGCUGAUGUGAAAAGGUUAAUGACUUAGGAGAGAAGUACUCGGGUUUUAGGAGGAACAAUCAAUCUGUUUCUUGUACAUAGAAUCUUCGUCGUUUUCGGUAGCCUGAGUUUGCUCAUGGAGAUCAAAUCAACUUAUGGUUGGAAGAUAUACCUCCUUUGUGAUCAUUUUGACACAAUUUUUGUUCAAAUAAACAAUGAUGAAAUGCCUAUUUUGGUAUGGUCUCUUGCUGAUGGAAGUUGACUUAGCAGCAUUGGCAACUCCUGGCUGGUGGUGCGGUUGGAUUAGCACAAAGUGGUUGGAAAAAAAAAAUGGAAUGCAAUAGUGGUAGGACUUUUGAGUCACUGUUAUACAUUGUUUUAUUUUGUGAUAGAAGAAUAUUUAAUGUCCUUAAUUUUGCUCCCGUUUGUUUUUCUUUUUCCCAUAUGGUGGUACAAC